CCUCCGCCUUCCUCACUCACGCAAGAAAACCGAGCACGAUAUGCCCAAAAGGAAGACCAGUGUCUGGGACCACUUCACGGAACCUGACAACCAUGGGAAGAAAUACAAGAUUGCGAAAUGCUCUUAUUGUAAUGGGACCCCCUUUGCCGGCCAGGCGGAACGCAUGGAGAAGCAUCUGAUUAACUGUUCUAACGCCGAUGAAAGCGUCAAAGAAUUCGCGCAAGACCUCAUCGAACGACGCAACCAAACAAAACUUCUCAAAAUGCAACAAGAAGCAGGCGACAAGAACCUCGCUCUCACACCCAUCCCGCGUCCACGGCCCGUUCUCGGCGCCCACAUCGACUCGCCCUACAACGUCGCCGCGACACCAUUAAGCCACCACCACCUAUCCGCAGCGGCAGCGGUAGCAGCAGGCAAUUCGGCCGUCCCGCCCAUCCAGACCGCGGCGGACAUCCAUCUCCUGAUUGCGCUGACCGAGUUGGGGAUCCCGUUCACCAUCACCGAAAACCAGAAUUUUAGGAAGUUUUUGAGGAUUCUGAACGUGGAGUAUGAGAUCCCGACGCCGUUGCAGCUCAGUAGUUAUAAGGCUGCGCUGGGGCCCGGGGAUGCGCAUGUGCAGGAGGGGCCUAGGACCAGUGGGGGGCCGUCUCAUAUGAGGGGAUGAGAGCGGGGAUGGGAACGAACGAUUCUGAGAUGGAAGAAUCCUGCGAUUUUCAUCGCUGUAAUGUCACGUAUACAAUGCUUCCCUCUCCUGUAGACUUCAAUAGUACACUCCGAGGCAUGAGGUCAAGGCUUGGGAUUCCCAGAAACUGCGAAGUGUCAGAAUUGUUUGAGGGCUUGGAUCUGGAUAUGAAUAUGGACGCAUGACAAGCGGAAC